AUGAACUCUGCAGCCUUUAAUGGCAAAGAUAAAACGGGCAACGUGUUGCUUGCGAGAGCAGCGCCGGUACAGCUGUGCGGUGCAAAACCGGCGCUUGAAGUGUUUGCCCCUGCCAGCCCGCGACUUCUCAGCUUCGUGGAUGAAGGAGUCGCGGUGCCUGGCAGGAGCUGGUGGGGCACCGACGCCUGCGGGAGGGAGCGCGACACGUGCUGCCUGUUCUCUCUAGAAGAGCUGGUGGCACGGUGCGGGACCUGCCUCUCUAGAGGAGGGUCUCGGUGUACCUUGAAAGGGUUUUUGGGUCUCCUCGUGAUCCGCGGGCUUGUACGGGUGCAGUCGAGCUCGCCGAGAGCCCUGCCGAACCCGCUGACGCUGAGGCCAUGGGAAGGAGACACCCCGGUGAAGCCACCGCUGGAUUUUCAUGAGGUUCAGCAACAGGUUCACCCAAACCUUUCAGCAAAAGAAGAUUCCCUCUACUACAUUGAAGAGUUAAUACUGCAGCUGCUAAACAAACUGUGCAUUGCUCAGCCACGGACUGUCCAAGACGUGGAGGAGCGCGUUCAAAAGACGUUUCCUCAUCCAAUAGACAAGUGGGCGAUUGCUGAUGCGCAGUCUGCGAUAGAGAAACGCAAGAGAAGAAACCCUCUCCUGCUGCCUGUGGACAAAAUACAUCCUUUAUUAAAGGAGGUCCUAGGUUAUAAGGUAGAUUACCAUGUCUCUCUGUAUAUUGUGGCUGUCUUAGAAUACAUCUCGGCUGACAUUUUGAAGCUGGCCGGAAACUAUGUUUUCAAUAUACGACACUUUGAGAUCUCCCAGCAGGACAUUAAAGUAUCAAUGUGUGCUGAUAAGGUUCUGAUGGAUAUGUUUGAUCAGGAUGACAUUGGUUUGGUUUCUCUCUGUGAAGACGAGCCCUCUUCUUCUGGGGAACUCAACUACUAUGACCUAGUGAGAAACGAAAUUGCAGAAGAAAGGCAGUAUCUGCGGGAGUUGAAUCUGAUAAUCAAAGUAUUUCGGGAAGCUUUCCUGUCAAACAGAAAAUUGUUCACACCUAAUGAUAUCGACGUGAUAUUUAGCAACAUUUCAGAUAUUCAUGAGCUGACAGUGAAGCUUUUAGGAUUGAUUGAGGAUACUGUUGAAAUGACUGAUGAAAGUAGCCCUCAUCCUCUGGCUGGCAGCUGCUUUGAGGAUCUUGCAGAGGAGCAAGCCUUUGAUCCGUAUGAAACCUUGUCGCAGGAUAUUCUCUCUCCACAAUUUCAUGAGCAUUUCAAUAACUUAAUGGCAAAACCUGCUGUCGCUCUCCACUUUCAGUCUACUGCUGAAGGGUUUAAGGAAGCUGUCCGAUACGUCCUCCCACGGCUCAUGCUUAUCCCAGUCUAUCACUGUUUGCACUACUUCGAGUUACUACAGUUGCAGGAAGGCAGCGAAGACGAAGAGGACCGGGAGGGCUUAAAGCAAGCCAUUACCGCCCUUCUGAACCUGCAGUGCAGCAUGGAGCGCAUUUACAGCAAGCACUCCCCGAGACGCCGGCCUGGGGAGCCAGUCUGUCGCUUCUAUAACCGGCAAAUAAGAAGCAAGCACUUGGCCAUCAAGAAAAUGAAUGAAAUCCAGAAAAAUAUUGAUGGCUGGGAAGGCAAAGAUAUCGGGCAAUGCUGUAAUGAAUUCAUCAUGGAAGGUGGCUUGACGAAAAUAGGAGCCAAACAUGAACGCCACAUCUUUCUCUUUGACGGUUUAAUGAUCAGCUGCAAAACGAACCACGGCCAGUCACGGCUGCCCGGGUACAGCAAUGCGGAGUACAGACUGAAGGAAAAAAUUCUCAUGAGGAAAAUACAGAUUAUUGAUAAAGAUGACACACCUGAAUACAAACACGCGUUUGAACUGGUGUCUAAAGACGAAAACAGUAUCCUGUUUGCCGCCAAGUCUGCUGAAGAGAAGAGUAACUGGAUGGCCGCGCUGAUUUCCCUCCAGUAUCGCAGCACUCUGGAUAGGAUGCUCGAUUCGGUGUUGCUGCAGGAAGAAAACGAGCAGCCCCUGAGGCUGCCCAGCCCGAGCGCCUAUCGCUUCGUGGUGGAAGACUCGGAGGAGAACAUCGUUUUUGAGGACAACUUGCAAAGCCGGAACGGCAUUCCCAUCAUCAAAGGAGGAACGGUUGUGAAACUCAUCGAGAGGUUGACCUACCAUAUGUAUGCAGAUCCUAAUUUUGUACGGACUUUCCUUACCACGUACCGCUCGUUUUGCAGGCCCCAGGAACUGCUGAGUUUACUGAUUGAAAGGUUUGAAAUCCCAGAGCCUGAACCUACCGAAGCAGACAGGCUGGCGAUCGAGAAAGGGGAGCAGCCCAUCAGAGCAGACCUGAAGCGAUUUCGCAAGGAAUACGUCCAGCCAGUACAACUCAGAAUAUUAAAUGUUUUUCGUCACUGGGUAGAGCACCAUUUUUACGAUUUCGAAAGAGAUCUGGAGUUACUAGAGAGAUUGGAGACAUUCAUUUCCAGCGUAAGAGGAAAAUCCAUGAAGAAGUGGGUGGAAUCCAUUGCCAAAAUCAUCAAGAGGAAGAAAGCUCAAGCAAAUGGAAUCAGUCACAACAUCACCUUCGAGAGCCCACCUCCCCCCGUCGAGUGGCACAUCUGGCGCGUUGGGCACGGCGAAACGCUGGACCUGAUGACUCUGCAUCCCAUAGAAAUCGCUCGGCAGCUGACGCUGCUCGAGUCCGACCUUUACAGGGCGGUACAGCCUUCUGAACUCGUUGGUAGCGUGUGGACCAAAGAAGAUAAGGAAAUUAACUCCCCAAAUCUGUUGAAAAUGAUUCGUCAUACUACAAAUCUGACUCUUUGGUUUGAGAAGUGCAUAGUGGAAACCGAGAACUUUGAAGAGCGAGUGGCUGUGCUGAGUAGGAUCAUAGAAAUCCUGCAGGUUUUUCAAGAUCUGAAUAAUUUCAAUGGUGUUUUGGAGAUUGUCAGCGCGAUGAACUCGGUGUCAGUGUACAGACUGGAUCACACGUUUGAGGCACUACAGGAAAGGAAAAAAAGAGUGUUGGAUGAAGCAGUAGAAUUAAGUCAAGAUCAUUUUAAGAAGUAUCUAGCCAAGCUCAAGUCAAUCAAUCCACCCUGUGUGCCUUUCUUUGGAAUAUACCUAACAAAUAUUCUGAAGACAGAAGAAGGGAAUCCUGACUUCCUUAAAAGACAAGGGAAAGAAUUAAUUAACUUCAGUAAGAGGAGAAAAGUGGCUGAGAUUACAGGAGAAAUUCAGCAGUAUCAAAACCAGCCUUACUGUUUACGGAUAGAGCCAGAAAUUCGGAAAUUCUUUGAAAAUCUCAAUCCUAUGGGGAAGAUACCAGAAAAAGAGUUUACAGAUUAUCUGUUCAACAAGUCAUUGGAAAUUGAACCCCGAAACUGCAAGCAACCACCUAGAUUUCCUAGAAAAACAACGUACCCCCUGAAAUCUCCCGGGAUAAGGCCCAACACUGGCAGACACGGCUCCACCUCUGGCACCAUGAGAAGUCAUCCGCUGCCGCUUGAAAAGGAACCCAGUAAGAUAAGCUUCAGCAGAAUUACGGAGGCAGAGCACGAAUCGGCAGUGUCGGCGCCGACUUCGCCGAACACACCGUCUACGCCGCCAGUGUCUGCUUCUUCGGAGUUCAGCGUGUUUUUAGACAUCGAUCUCAACAGUUCUUAUGGUAACAACAGCAUCUUCGCUCCCGUCAGUCUGCCACAGUCGAAGACUUUCUUCAGCUCGUGGGGUAGCUUUCCUAAACUGAGCGAUGAGCCUCAGAACCCUCCUCCGCUUCCUCCGCGAAAGAAGGUGGAUCAGGAUGCUUCUAAUGCCAAGUUGAACUUCUCGUUCGAACUGGUGCGAGAGUGA